AGAUUGGCCGAAAGUUAUAUGAACAAUCCUAUUCAAGUGUGUGUUGGUUCGCUUGAUUUAACUGCCACUCAUACUGUGAGUCAAAAUGUAGAACUCUUGGAGGAUGCGGACAAAUUUAAUACGGUCCUUGCAUUUUUAAAAAACCUUAAAUCAACCGAUAAGGUUAUUAUCUUCUGUUCUAAGCGAGCUCGUGCUGACGAUUUGUCCAGUGAUUUAUCUCUAAAAGGCCUGUCAACACAAUGUAUACAUGGUUCUCGUGAUCAGACCGAUCGAGAACAAGCACUGGCUGAUAUAGCGUCAGGUGAUAUACAGGUUUUGAUAGCGACAGAUGUUGCUUCAAGAGGUUUAGAUAUUGAGGAUAUUACUCAUGUUAUUAAUUUUGAUUUUCCGCGUAAUAUUGAGGAGUAUGUUCAUCGUGUUGGUAGAACUGGACGCGCUGGGCGAACUGGCACUGCCAUAAGUUAUAUAACACGCUCGGAUUGGGGUGUUGCAAAGGAUCUCAUUCGUAUUUUAGAAGAAGCUGGUCAAGCAGCUCCAGAAGAACUAUACAGAAUGUCCAAUCGUUUUGAGAAGAUGAAAGAAAGACGUGGUACAGAUUUUAAAAGGGGUGGUGGUUUUAAUCGCCGUUACUAAAUGAUAUUUUUUUAAUAUAUGGUAGGGGUAUUAUUCGAUAAACAAGAUCGUGAAUAACCCUGUUUGAUUCGAACCGAUCAGUGUUUUACUUAAAAAAGUGUUGAUCGUUAAAAUUGAAAAUUAAUUAACAAACUAUUUCUAAUGUUAUUAGUAUAGUAAUGUACAAUAAGAAAAAUCUAAAAUAAAAUUAAUUAAAAAUGUG